CAAAGUGACAGCGUUGUAAAAAAACGGAGCAUGGCAUUGUGCAGUCUGCAGGGGUGACCCAUUGACACUACUAUGGAGUGGCUGUGGAUCACCGUGGCAACAUGUGUGCUCGUGUCCUGCACUGUCAAAGGCAGCGACUGGUGGUUGGAGUACGAGGAGGGGAUUAGACACUACAGCAAGGAGGCCCUCAGCAAGGAAUUUCCAGAGAAAACUCGCCCCGUGAACUUCAAGCAUCCUGUUUUUCAGUGUCCAGACAUGAGUCCUUCUCCCUCUGUCCCCUCAUCAGUUGAAUUUGUGAAGGCGGCUGAUAUCAAAGUCAUUGCUGCUUUGGGAGAUUCUCUGACGACAGGCAUCGGCGCCAACGCCACCACUGUCCUGGGGAUUCCCAUCGAGUUCCGACAUGUUUCGUGGAGUAUCGGUGGUUAUGGGUCCGUUCAGGAUGUUAUUACUUUGGCAAACAUCAUCAAGCUUUUUAAUCCCAAUCUGGUCGGUGCGGCCUCCGGCAGGACGAUACAUGGGAUGCAGGCUCAUAUCAGCGCCACUGGCUUCAACCUGGCAGUGACUGGACAUAACACCUUCAAUCUGCCCGGACAGACGAGACAUUUGAUCGACACGCUGAGAGAUUAUGAGGAUGUGAAUUUCGAAGAGGACUGGAAGCUUCUGACCAUCCUCAUCGGCAUGAAUGACAUCUGUGAUUACUGCAAAGACAAGGCCCUUUAUUCAGUGGAUAACUUUGUUCACUAUAUGACCGUCUCCUUGGAAAUGCUUAUGAAUGAGGUUCCUCGCAUGAUCGUUAACGUGGUUCAGAUUCUGCCCAUGCAAGCUUUGAGGGAGGUACAGAAGCCUACUCCAGGCUGCCUGCUCCAACGGUCUUUCUGUUCGUGUCUGAUAGACCCAGUCGCCAAGUCUCCUGAGCUACAGGAGCUGGUAGAGGUCAAUCUUGAGUUCCAGAAAAGACUUGAGGAGCUGCUUUACAGAGAUCGUUUCUUCAAGGAUGACUUUGCUGUUGUUCUCCAGCCCUUCCUCAAACACGCUGACCCUCCCCGCCUCCCGAGCGGGAAGAUUGAUAUGACCUUCUUCACUCACGACUGCUUCCACUUCACCAUAAAGGGACAUGAAGAGCUGGCCAAAGGGCUAUGGAACAACAUGUUUCAGCCUGAGGGAGGAAAGAUGAUUGUGAGCAGUUUCUCUGACCCCAUCGGUCUCAUCUGUCCACCCGUGGAACAUCCAUAUAUCUUCACCAGACCAACUGUGGCUAAGUCAGGCCAGCGUCCACUUCAGUCUGCUGCACCGUCAGACGCAGCCAUCGUGCUGCUCUCACUGCUUGUGGGUUUGAGAUCCCCUUGGACUUGUGUAGCUCUGACUCUGCUGAGCUAUUUAUCUCCGUGAUCGCCUUCAUUAGAUCCUUCUGUGUGCUGCUCUUUUGCUUUAUUGCAUAUCUGUGGCCUCAAACGGCAGCAAAGAGCAAUGAUACCGGAUAAUGCGACAGAGUGAAUCCUGCAGCCUAAAUAUUUAAUUUUAUUCAGAUGCAGUUGGAGUCGGAAGUGGUGAAGAGUUUUUACUCGUCGUUUGUGACCAGAUGAGUUUUUUUCUUUUACAUUUUAAUUCAUCACAACUGCACCAUGAUGAUUUUGGAGAUUUUUUUCCUGUAGUUAUUUUUAAGAAAAGUCUUGCCUGGUUCACGUUUAACUACACUAUAUGACUUGAUAUCAAUCUCAAAUGUUGUAAUUAGCAAAUAUAAUUAUGAAUAAUGUAAUAACACUAAAACAUUGAUCUUAUUAGAUUCUGUCCAACAGUUUAGUGAAUGUCUGUUUAAUCUCUGAAAGUGUUUUCUUGGAAAAAGUACUUGGACACAAUCCUGAAUCUAGAUUCAGUUACUCUGGACGUAAUGCAUCUUGGCAAUGUCACAAUACAAAUCAUUUUUGUUGCACUGGCAGUAAAAAUCUCGGGUUUCCGAUGACAAAAUUUACAAUUUGCCACAAUCAGCAUGCUGGAAUUCAUUCAUCCAAGAGGCUGAAUGAGAUUUCUUCACACGCAGAGGUUGAAAAACCCUGAUCAGCUCAGUGACACCAUUUAGAAAAGAAAAAAGAAAAAAAGAAGGAAUUUAAAGAGUAUAUCAUCCAUCUUAUCUCCGCAGAGUUUCCAAGUAACCGGUGACUUUUUCAGCCACAGACAAUUUAGUCGCACGUCUGUUCCUCAGAUCUUCAGGAUGCUGCUGUCCCACUUUCACUUCUCACUCCUGCAGGAGC